AUGGGGCGUGCAGUUGGAAUUGACUUGGGUACCAUCUACUCCCGCGUUGGGGUUUUCCGCAAUGACCGGCUCGAAAUCAUCGCGAAUGAACAGGGAAACCCCUAUCGGCCGACGCUUUCCGAGAUACAGACGGAUAUCCAGCAUUGGCCUCUUAAGCUCAUCGACCAAGAUUCGAAGCCCGUGGUGGAAGUCGGCUUCAAAGGCACGACCAAGUAUUUCACGCCCGAAGAGAUCCCAUCCAUGAUUCUUGCCAAGCUUCGUGAGACCGCGGUGACUUAUCUGGGCGAGACUGUCACGGACGCCGUGAACACAGUUCCGGCAUCUUCCAGCGACUCCCAACGGCAGGCCACCAAGGACGCCGGGCUCAUUGCCGGUUUCAACAUCCUCCGAACCCUAACGAGCCGACUGCCGCAGCUGUCGCCUAUGGCCUCUGUCGAAAGAUACCCGAUCAAAGACGGGAUCUUUGCAGUCGAAUUCACACAUGGUGCCGCUGUCCAGGCUGCGAUUUUGUCGGGCGACAUCUCCUCGAAAUCCAUCAGGAACAUUCUGCUUCUGGAAGUCGCUCCGUUAUCCCUCUGGAUUGAAACAGCAGACGGUGUCAAGGCGUCGAUAAUCAAGCGCAACACUACCAUUCCCACUACGAAAUCCGGGGGUGUACCCCAGAUCCGAGUCACCUUUACUGUGGAUGCCAACGGGAUUAUGGAGAUUUCUGCGACCGAGAAAGGUCCCGAUAAGCCCCCUCAAAUUAUCGUACCCCACGACAAAGAUCUCCCCAAUGAGAAGGAUAUUGAGCGUAUGCUUCUGGAGGCUAAAUAA